UACAUUGCCUUUCGCUUUGAGUCACGAACAGUGCUCGCCCGGGGCAGUCCAGCCCUGGCAGCGGUGACGUCAUCGAGCACUGGGUUGAGCAGCAGAGAGAGAGAGCUCGAGAGCGCGAGAGCGCUGCGGUGGAGUUCCUACGGGGGCCUGCGAACGGAGCACUGGGAGGACAACGAAAAGCACGCUCAACGGGAUUUCCCAUCUCUUCUGCACGCACCCACGCCGAGGCUAAUCGGGAUAAAGGCCGUUUCCAUCCGCAUCCCUUCGUUCCCCCCAAACUGUUGAGAGGCAACCUGUAAAGUGUCUGUCACUCCGCCUUCUACCCUCCUGUGGUAUUUCUGUGGAAAGGGAGCAUCCCUGGCUCUUUCUGCAGCGUUCUAGACAGUGUGCAUGCUAGAGAUAACCGAAUUGGACCAUUUUCUGAAUCCUAGGGACUCCAUGAAAGAUGUCAGAGGAGGCGAUUGUUAUUGCCAAGUGGGACUAUACGUCACAGCAAGACCAGGAACUUGACAUUAGGAAAAAUGAGCGCUUGUGGCUCCUGGAUGACUCAAAAACAUGGUGGCGUGUACGAAAUGCAUCCAACAGAACAGGCUACGUUCCUUCCAAUUACGUCGAACGCAAGAACAGUCUAAAGAAAGGCUCUCUGGUGAAAAAUAUCAAAGAUACACUUGGCUUGGGAAAAACUAAACGCAAAACGAGCACACGGGAAGCCUCUCCAACACCGAGCACAGAUGAGUACUCGUCUAAUGGGGGCGGAGUAGAACGAAUAUAUGACCUGAACACACCAGCGGUGGUGAAGUUUACCUACAAUGCAGAACGGGAGGAUGAGCUCAGCCUGGUGAAGGGAGCCCGGCUGAUGGUGAUGGAGAAAUGCAGUGACGGCUGGUGGAGGGGCAGCUAUAACGGUCAGUAA